AGCGAAGGUUUCGCGGUUUCCGCCUUUGCUUCAUCUUUCUCGUUUCCUCCUCUCACUUUUCGUUUGUCUCGUCGACGAAUCGACGGCGACAGCUUUCCGUGAUAGAAAAACUCGCAAACAAGAAGAUUAGAGAUCUAAAGCCCUUCAGAUACGACUUCCCUAGUUCGUUUUCUUCGAAGAUUCCGACGUACGUGGUCUCCGUUUCAUGCAUUAAGACUCUAAGAAACGAGGAUCAAAAUAAUACCUUCCGAUCUAGCUCCACCUCUGUCAUCCUAGCCUGCUUGUGCUGAGCAGGCGAAAUAAUUGAUUGAUCGAUAGUCAUGGCGACUUUUGCGAAACCAGAGAAUGCUCUGAAGCGUGCCGAAGAAUUGAUCAAUGUUGGACAGAAGCAAGCAGCCCUGCAAGCACUUCAUGAUCUGAUCACUUCGAAGCGGUACAGAGCAUGGCAGAAGACACUUGAACGUAUAAUGUUUAAGUAUGUGGAGCUGUGUGUGGACAUGCGAAAGGGUAGAUUUGCCAAGGAUGGCCUGAUUCAGUAUCGUAUUGUAUGCCAACAAGUGAACGUCAAUUCAUUAGAGGAAGUGAUCAAACACUUUAUGCAUCUGUCCACUGAGAAAGCAGAGCAAGCUCGAAGCCAGGCACAGGCCCUGGAAGAAGCUCUGGAUGUUGAUGAUCUGGAAGCAGAUAAAAGACCAGAAGACCUAAUGUUAAGCUAUGUCAGUGGAGAGAAAGGAAAGGAUAGGUCCGAUCGUGAACUUGUAACCCCAUGGUUCAAAUUCUUGUGGGAGACCUACAGAACGGUGCUUGAGAUUUUACGUAACAACUCAAAAUUGGAAACACUUUAUGCGAUGACGGCACACCGGGCUUUCCAGUUCUGUAAGCAAUAUAAACGAACAACUGAGUUUCGCAGGCUAUGUGAAAUAAUCAGGAAUCAUCUGGCAAAUCUUAACAAAUACAGAGACCAGAGGGACCGUCCUGACUUGUCGUCUCCAGAAAGCUUGCAGCUUUAUCUUGAUACAAGGUUCGAGCAGCUCAAGAUUGCAAAUGAACUCAAACUCUGGCAGGAAGCUUUCCGUUCAGUUGAAGAUAUUCAUGGGUUGAUGUGCAUGGUUAAGAAAACCCCCAAGCCAUCCUUGAUGGUCAUUUAUUAUGCUAAACUAACGGAGAUAUUUUGGGUUUCAGACAGCCACCUUUAUCAUGCUUAUGCAUGGUUCAAACUUUUCACAUUUCAGAAAUCUUAUAACAAGAAUUUAACCCAGAAGGAUUUGCAAUUGAUAGCAUCUUCAGUUGUUUUAGCUGCACUUUCUGUGACCCCCUAUGCUCACACAUAUGGUGCGUCUCAUUUGGAGCUUGAAAAUGAGAAGGAUAGAAAUUCGAGGAUGGCUAGCCUUAUAGGGUUUAAUCUUGACCCUAAACGCGAGAGCAGGGAAGUGCUCUCAAGGUCUUCACUUCUUGCGGAACUGGUUUCAAAAGGCGUAAUGACCUGUGUAUCUCAGGAAGUAAAAGAUCUUUACCAUCUUUUAGAGCAUGAGUUUCUCCCCUUAGAUCUUGCAUCUAAAGUACAGCCACUGUUAACCAAAAUUUCCAAAGUAGGAGGGAAGCUUGCUUCAGCUUCUUCUAUUCCGGAAUUACAGCUAUCACAGUAUAUUCCUGCCCUUGAAAAGCUUGCUACUUUGAGAUUGCUACAACAGGUUUCCAAGGUUUAUCAGACGAUGAAGAUUGAGGUGCUGUCUAGGAUGAUCCCUUUUUUUGAUAGUUCUGUUGUGGAAAAGAUUUCUGUUGAUGCCGUUAAAUACAAUUUCAUCUCCAUGAAAGUUGACCAUAGGAAGGGUGCUGUUGUAUUUGGUAAUUUGGACCUUGAAUCAGACAGGCUUCGACAUCAUCUUACCAUUCUUGCUGAAUCUCUUAAUAAAGUGAAGACCCUGAUUUAUCCUCCGGUGAAGAAUGAAUCCAAAUUAGGUGAUACUUUGCCUGGUUUAGCAGAGAUUGUUGAUAAAGAACACAGGAGGCUUCUUGCUCGGAAAUCGAUAAUUGAGAAACGCAAAGAAGAGCAAGAACGACAAAUGUUAGAAAUGGAACGCGAGGAAGAGUCAAAAAGACUUAAAUUACAGAAAAUUACUGAAGAGGCUGAACAAAAGAGACUUGCAACAGAGUCUACCCGAAGGGAGGAACAAAGGAUCCGCAGGGAAAUCGAAGAGAGAGAACUUGAAGAAGCUCAAGCUAUGCUUCAGGAAGCAGAGAAACGUAGUAAAAAGAAGGGAAAGAAGCCAGUCAUUGAAGGGGAGAAAAUGACCAAACAGACAUUGAUUGAAUUGGCUUUGAAUGAGCAACUCAAAGAGAGGCAGGAAAUGGAAAAGAAAUUACAGAAACUUGCCAAAACAAUGGAUUAUAUGGAAAGAGCUAAAAGAGAAGAGGAGGCGUCUCUGAUAGAAGCUGCAUAUCAAAAUCGAUUGGUGGAAGAAGAGAUACUUCAUGAACAUGAGCAGCAGCAAGAGAUUGAGCUGAGCAGACAGCGGCAUGCAGGAGACUUACAGGAGAAGAACAGGCUGGUUCACAUUUUGGAACAGAAGAAAAUAUUCCAGGAGAGGAUCGUCCAUCAUCGAGAAGCUGAAUUUAAUAAAUUAAAGAGGGAGAGAGAGGAGCAAAUCAGGCAACUUCUGCAGUCCAAGAAACAGGAGAGGGAGGCUAAGAGGAAGUUGAUAUUCUAUUUGAAAUCUGAGGAGGAGAGGUUGAAAAAGUUGGAGGAAGAGGAGGCUGCUCGGAAGUGUGAAGAGGUUGAGAGGCGAAAGAAGGAAGAAGCUGAACGUCUUGCAAAAUUGAAUGAAAUUGCUGAAAAGCAGAGGAAGAGGGAGAAGGAAUUGGAAGAGAAGGAGAGGCUGAUGAAAGGAAGGGUAGCUGAGCCACCAACAAGGCCUGCUGAACAUCCUGCUGGGGCCCGCCAGCCAGAACCUAUAGCUGUUGCUCCUGCUGCUGCAUCAUCUACUGGGAAAUAUGUUCCCAGGUUUAUGAGGGAGAGACAAGAGGUCCCUGGAGCUGCUCCACCUCCGGAACCUGAUCGGUGGGUCAAACAGGAUGAUCGUCCACCCCAAUCCAGUGAUAGGUGGCGUAGCGAUGACCGUCGUUACUCGAGUGGUGGCUCGAGGCCCUCCACAUGGUCAGCAUCCAGGAUCUCUCCGCGUGGUGGAUCUGAGCAUUGACCGCCAACCUGUCCU